UUGUUUUGCUGUUGAAGGUGGAUUUCAGCAGUGAGACAGACUUCACGGGACGGACAACAGUUCAGCUUUUAGUAAACAGCGUUCGUGACUAACCCAUCUCCAGUGUUCACGCUGCUUGUAAAUAUAAUAUUGUCUCUUUGAAGUAAUUACCAACAUGCCUUCAGAAAAGACCUUCAAACAAAGAAGGACAUUCGAGCAGCGAGUGGAUGAUGUCAGGCAGAUACGGGAGCAGCACCCCAAUAAGAUCCCGGUCAUUAUUGAGAGGUAUAAGGGGGAGAAACAGCUGCCCAUUCUGGACAAGACAAAGUUCCUGGUACCGGAUCACGUCAACAUGAGCGAACUCAUCAAGAUCAUCAGGAGGCGCCUGCAGCUCAACUCCAACCAGGCCUUCUUCCUGCUGGUGAACGGCCACAGCAUGGUGUCCGUGUGCACGGCCAUCUCCGAGGUGUACGAGCGCGAGCGCGACGAGGACGGCUUCCUCUACAUGGUAUACGCCUCGCAGGAGACGUUCGGAGCCUCGCACACACACUAGAACCCCCCCCGGUGGCCUCCCGGCUGCCAUCAGGACAAGAGUAUGACUGUCGCCGCCUCAUUCCCAUGUAUGCCACCCCCACCUCAAUCUCACCUCUAUCAGCUGUAUACCCAACCCACUGGUGUUCCCCACCAGACCCCCCCCCCCCCCCCCCCAAAAAAAAAACAUUCCCAUCUUCAGCUUAUUACUCCGUCUUAACUGCCCCCCACCUCCACCUCCACCCCCAAGUGCUGCUCAUAGAUCCUCAUAUAGACGAGAGAGUCAUUACUGGCCCUAGUAUCGCCCAUCCAUCCUGUUUAGUAGGUGAGCUGACCAGGGUGUGGUGUGAGUGGUGAUUUGACUGGAGCGCAGGGGACCCGCCCACCGCUGCUCAUUGGUCAGGUGUUCAGAGGUAGUUCAACGUGUGUGUUUUCUACUUGAAAUCAGUUUGUGCGUGCGCGUGCGUGUUGCGUGUCUGUGUGUGUUUGUGUUAGCUGGAUCGCCGCGGCCUCGAGUGAAGCCUGCUGUUCAAAGUAGAUGCCCUGACACUGACCGAUCAAAGCCAUGACCAAUCAGCCGUUAGUCUCACUAUUAAGCUGUUGAUGUGACCAAUCAGCUGUCCGCCAAGGCUAACGGAAGACCAAUCAGAAACGGACACAGUGGGCUUGACCCCCCACAAUCACCAUUCAUUCAUACUUUAAUGAGAAAUGGGGAGGGGGUAGUUCAUUUUAGCCAUAGCUUUAUUUUAGUUGAAAGUCUAUUUGCUAAUAGCAUGCAUACAUAUUGUGUGUGUGUGUACGUACAUAUGUACACACACACACAUACACACAGAUACAGUAGUGGUCCCUGAGGACUCCAGAGUGUUUUUGGUGUCCUCUGUGUUGUUAAGUGAGGUCAAAGAAUUAGAGAUUCUGGGAUUUUCCGGUUUCACAAUCAUCUAAGUAUCCUGCCUUGUACAGUUCCUUCAAGAGUGUCUCCUCACCUAAAGGGGGAAUACUCGGGUUUCUUACGGGGGAAAAAAAGAUAAAUAAAAAAAAAAAAGCUAAGCUCUUUUAUGCCUGCUCAGAUUGUAGUGAGACGCUUUUUAAUGUAAAUGCAGACAGCGCAAGAUUGAAGAAAAACAUUGACAUAAAGAAAAAAAACUGUAAUGUCAGAAAUGUGUGAGUGAAUGUGGGAAUGAUGAGGUGUGGUUUCUUAUAAUAAUAAUAAUAAUGAUGAUGAAGGUGGCAGUAGAAUAUGGGCCUGGUGUUAUUCUGUCUCUGAACCACGUCUCCAGGGCCAUGUUGUGACACCCUUGGAGAAGUUCAAAGGUCAUUAGAAUGCACGUUGAGAGGAUGGUGUUUCAAGGGUCAUGUGGCUUUAUUAUGUCCUUGUGUGCUCUCCCACUUUCUCAUUAUCUCUUAAGUAAUUGUUUAAAAAAAAAAGUUACAAGCAUUUUUAUCUUUAAGCAGUUAUCAGCUAUUCAUCUUUGUUUUUAUUUAAAUGGUUGUUCAUGUUUUAUGUGUAAAGAUGAAUCCAUAUAUUAAAGUACAGUCUGGAAUUAACAAAGCACAGUCUGAGGGAAAGGCUUCAGGCUUUCAGCAAUAUUAUACAACUUUUUUUUCUUGUAUUUUUGUUGAUAUUUUAAACAAUAAAAUAAUAUUACAAAUA